GGGCGUGCUGACGUUCACCGCUGACUUUAAGCGGCGCUAUUAUCGAAACUGAAGCAGAGCAUAUGCAGGAUUUAGUCGAUAAUAAGUGUUUUUACUCCCUUUAAUAGCGCGAUAACUUUGUCUAGUUUCCCCUUAAUCGUUGGCUUAAAAAUGUCUUUACUGGAUGUCACCGUAUUUCCAAAAGACUUUGCGUGGGGAGCUGCGACUGCUGCUUAUCAAAUAGAAGGAGGCUGGAAUAUGGAUGGUAGAGGCCCCAGCAUAUGGGACACAUUCUGCCACACCAAAGGACGGGUGUUUGAAGACCAUACUGGAGAUGUAGCCUGUAACAGCUAUCAACUCUGGAAAGAAGACCUGAAAUGUAUCCAACAGCUUGGUCUCACCCAUUACCGUCUGUCCAUAUCCUGGUCACGGCUCCUUCCCGAUGGAACCACAAAUCAUGUCAAUCCAAAAGGUGUGGCGUAUUAUAACAAAGUGAUCGACGAUUUGAUUUCUUGUAAUGUGACGCCCAUGAUCACAUUGUAUCACAUGGACCUACCUCAAGCCUUACAGGAUCUUGGCGGAUGGAACUCGACAGAUAUUGCUGACAUCUUUGAAAGUUAUGCCAGGUUUUGCUUUAAGACCUUUGGGGACAGAGUAAAGCUCUGGAUAACACUGAAUGAGCCCUAUGUUUGUGCCAAGUUGGGCCAUGAGGAUGGCAAAUUUGCCCCUGGGAUCAAAGAUCCAGGAAUAUCAGUCUACUUGGCUGGGCAUAACAUGCUGCGUGCCCACACCAAAGCCUGGCAUACUUAUAAUGAUCAUUUCAGGUCUUUACAAGGAGGACAAGUGUCUCUUGCUCUGAACAGUGACUGGGCAGAGCCGUUGGACCCGGACUGUCCUAAAGAUGCUGCAGCCACUGAGCGCUACAAGGCUUUCACUCUGGGCUGGUUUGCCUGGCCUGUGUUUUGCACAGGAGAUUACCCAGAGUCCAUGAGGUUCAGGAUUGAGACUAGGAGCUUGGAUGUGGGAUACAAGAAGGGCUUACGGCUACCACACUUCUCAAAGGAAGAGCCCACUCCUCUGGGUACAGCGGAUUUCUUUGCACUGAACUAUUACACAUCUCGGAAAGUAAAAGAUCUAAGUAGUGCUAGUAAGAACAACGAGCUCAGUUAUGUGGGGGAUCUGGGGGCAGAGGGGGUUGUUGACCCAUCAUGGCCCAUAUGUGGGGUUCAGUGGUUGGCUGUUGUUCCUGAUGGAUUGCGGAAAUUGCUAAAAUAUAUAAAGGACACCUAUACCAGUCUGCCCAUCUAUAUCGCAGAAAAUGGCUUUUCACAGAUGGGCCCGGUUCAGAUUGAAGAUGCCGACCGCUCUCAGUUUUAUCAGGACACUCUGCAGGAAGUUGGCAAAGCUAUCAGUCAAGAUGGAGUGAAUGUAAAGGGAUAUUUUGCCUGGUCACUGCUGGAUAACUUUGAGUGGAAUGAUGGCUUCAGUGUGCGCUUCGGCUUGUUUCAUGUGGAUUUCUCUACACCUGAACUGAAGCGCACCAUUUACCGCUCAGGUAGAGAGUAUGCUGCUGUGAUAUCCAAACAUCGCUCUCAGACCAAACUGAAGAGCAUUUAACAACAUUACUAUGAAACAAAAAUCAACAUUAUAUUAAACAUGAAGAAAUGACAUCAGGAAAUGUCUAAUGAAAAAUGAUUUGCUUUAGCUGAGGGCAAGAAAAUCAAGGUUUCAGUUUGAGUGUUUUGUUGAUAUAUGCUGCCUCUGUGUGGUCCAAAAUGGUAUUAAAUGUGGAACAGC